AAGAGGCGGGACCAAGCCAUUCACCUCUGGGAUCCCGCAGAGCGAGGAAGAGAAAACUUGGAUGAUAGUAAUUAGUUGGUAGUGUUGUUAGGUUGAAACUGAAGUAAAUUGAGGACCUGGAAGAGGUUUAUUCAAUUGAAGAGUUAAUGCCAGACCGCGGGGCAAAAAGUAACGUAACAACGUGUGAAGUUUCAACGACCUGUAGAGUAACAACCUCAGCCCGAUAGCAGACGUUGGAUCGUGUUGAACUUCUGUCCCACAGACAGCUAUUCAGAACCAGCGGAGGAACGAUGUCAGCCAAGGAAGACGAAUAUGACUAUCUGUUUAAAGUGGUGCUCAUCGGAGACUCUGGCGUAGGGAAGAGUAACCUGUUGUCUCGUUUCACCCGGAACGAGUUCAACCUGGAGAGCAAGAGCACCAUCGGGGUGGAGUUCGCCACGCGCAGCCUGCAGGUGGAGGGCAAGACCGUGAAGGCUCAGAUCUGGGACACGGCCGGCCAGGAGCGGUACCGGGCCAUCACCUCGGCGUAUUACCGCGGGGCGGUCGGCGCCCUCCUGGUCUACGACAUCGCCAAGCACCUGACGUACGAGAACACCGAGCGCUGGCUGAAGGAGCUGCGGGACCACGCCGACAACAACAUCGUCAUCAUGCUGGUGGGCAACAAGAGCGACCUGCGCCACCUGCGGGCGGUGCCUACCGACGAGGCCAAGGCCUUCUCAGAGAAGCAUGGCCUGUCUUUCCUGGAAACUUCAGCGUUGGACUCCUCCAAUGUGGAACUGGCAUUCCAGACUAUUCUCACAGCCAUCUACAACAUGAUGUCCCAGAGACAGAUCACUGGACGCCCAGACUCGGACUUCUCUCCCGGGUCCAACGUGGUUCCCAUCACCGUCCAGCCCACACAGAACCCCCCCAGACAGAACCCCUGCUGCCAAAACAACUGACACUCCCCCGGCCCCGCCCCUCAGACAGACAGACAGACGGCUGGGAAGACAGACGUACCAUUACAUCAUGGUUGGUCAGUUCUACUGAUUAGUAUAGCUGGUUUUACUGGUUGGUAGGAUGGUUCUGCCGGUCAGUGUAGCUGGUUCCACUGAUUCUAUUGGUUAGUAAGGCUGGUUAUGCAGGUUAGUAUGGCUGGGUCUGCUGGUUAGUAAUAUGGUUAUUAAGCUGGUUAAGUUAUGAAUGGGAAAUGGCAGAGGGCCGUGUCAUGUUGCAUGGAUGAAGGUAAGAAAGACUACAAGUUUGCUUAAGGAGAUGAAGGAUGAGAUGAAGGAGGGGAUGAAGGUGUCUGGGAAGGUGAAGGAGGUGAGGGAGGAGGAGAUGAAGGAGGGGAGGGAAGAGGAGAGGAAGGGGGUGUUUGGGGAGAUGAAGGAGGUGACGUCAGAGGAGGUCUGUCCAUCUUUUUGUCUACAGGAAGGCAGACGUCUCUUUUUAUUCUUAUUUCUGUAUAUUUGGACUGCAUGUGUAUAAAUAAACAGUAUUUGUUGAUAGAUCUACGCAUAUAUAUUUGUUCUAUUUUACUUCAUCUGAAAUAAGAAAAGUGAAUUGUGGGGUGAUGAUUUUUUAUUGUAUAUUUGAUACUAAGGAAUGUGUGUGAGAUUAAUUAUAAUAUUAUCGCAAAUUUUUGCAGGACAAAAAAAAAAUACAUUGGAUUAUUCGAAUGUAGUUUUAUUAGAAACAUUUACAAUACAUCUUGAAUCUUCGAAAAAUAACAAAUAAAACAAACUAAUAUGGCGCAGUUACAAUAAUAAUCAUUAAUAAUAAAAAUGUUCCAGAAAAAUGUAAUUCACAGAAACCAUGUGCUAUGAGUAGCUGCCCUGGAGGGACUGGGAACAUGUUUCCAUCCUAACCGUAACCACAGAGCAGAAACUAUCACACUAACAACACUACCAGACCACUACCAGACCACUAUCAGAGAAUAUGAAGUCCUACUGGGUUGGCCUCUUGGCAAGACGGGAGCCUCCGACUCACAUCACCCUUUUAUUAUCGCCACUCGUGUCCGUUGGGGGGAUACUGGUAGUGCAAACCCACCCUCAGUGCUGGUAGACCAAACCAGGAUCUGGAGGUGGAACUACACCAGGGCCUGCAGGUAUAACCAGGCCAAGAGGCUGUCGCGGGUGGGGGGGGGGGGGGGCUCCCACUUGGGGUCCAAAGAGGAUUAAACUACGGAAACCUACAGAGGUCAAAAAGACCCGGCGUUGUCAAACCCGCAACACCAAGACUAGUCGCCCCUUUCUACAUGACCAGACAACAUGCAUGCAAACUAGUACGGCUAUGACUGAAGAGGUGUAUCUGAGUGUAGUUGUAGACUAACUAAACAGUGCGGUGUGUCGGCCAUCGUGUAUGUUAUCACCGGAGCGGGAAGCUUUCUUAUUAAGGCUUGGAUCCUCCUCUUGAAGCUUGUUUCACUCUUGUUGCUAUUCUAAGACUGAGUGAGAUCUCUCCACAUGUGAACAUGUUGUUCUAAAAGAAAAGUCGAAGUCAGUUCAGAUUAAGAGCAAAGGGUUGGUAACAUGGGGGGGCAACAGCAAAUCCGAUCUACUGAAGCAGGAAAAAUGCAUAUCCAGGUACAAAAUAAAUCCAAUCCUAAAAACCAUCCUGAUUUUCUGUCCUUAACACCAUUUCAAGUGCGCCGGUAUUCGACAGAAUGCUUGUAUGAAGUUGUGGAGACGCCACAUCACUUAACUUUAUUUAUCUCAUGUAGAUGGGAAACUUUCAUAAAUAAAAAACUUCUAAACUUUUCAUAUUUAUAAGUAGAAACUGGCCUUCCUGUGUUUAGAAAUAUAUUAACUUCUUGUACUUUUAAUUAAAAAACAAAUGUCUCAAGAUUACUCAUAAAUAUGUUUUGUUUUCAUAAAUAACAUCCAGAUACUGACUUUUCCUCUGCUUUCUAUGAAACCAUAACCCAUGUUAGCAAAAUAGAUUUGAAAAAACUGUAAUAUGUUCUUUUUUUUUUAUUAGUUUCAGUUAUCUAUAAAUGUACGUGGAAGAACUGAAAUAUAUGCUAAAACCUCAAAAUUCUUCAACUUCAAUUCAUCAACAAUAAAAAAAUAAUUAAAUAAACAAAACAAUCACGUUAAAGCUCACUGAUAAUGUAACAAAAAGCAGAAGAAGUGCGUGAAGCAGAGAUCUCUUUACAUUCAAAUGCAAGGAUUUCGACGCUCGGUCAAAUUGCUUAAGUGCAUUGAUUGAAUUAGGGAUUCCUAUCACUGCUUACGAAGGGAUUUUACAUAAAUGCAUAACGAGCUUUUUCUAUAAAGAGAAGAAAAACACCAACAGUUUCUAUCAUUACUAUUCAUGUAAUCUUAAUACAACGUUGUAAAUAACACUAAGAUGAAAUGAAUGAACCAUACUGUGCUCUCCCAAGGUCUCUAUAUGGAAGUGGGUCUUAUACUAGGGGAGUUGAAUAAAUGAACCUUAUACUUUAAUGGUUUAUAAGAAUCAUAAUUUCACUUUUGAAUAUCAGUCAGUCAAACUACAAGGUAAAUAUGUAGAUUUCAACCUUCAUCCAGUUUCAGGACUUAAAGCUUUUAUACACACGGAUCAGGUUGUUGUAUUCCUAACAGGUAUUAUUUGUAUUAAAACUGACAUUUCUAUGUUUUACUAUCAUGCAUUUUUAACUUAAGAAUAGCGGUAGUGCCUCCGGAGAUGGCCUUAAACAUAGCAGUUGUGUCUCCCAAACAAAGUCAUACUCAUUAACCACGGAGGCUUGGGGACCCCUGAAAACACGAGGCCCCUGCAAACACUGGCGUUAAAGAGGACACCCCUGGAUCAGAUGCGUCUCAGACAUCUCAGCGAGUGUUCUGGUAUGAAGUCAUUACAUUUUGUCUUUCACAGGGCAGCAAGUUGUCGUCUUUAUAAGUGCUAAAUUAGUAUUAUUUCAAACAUCCCGAUACAGUAAAUCAUGGUUGCCAUAGCAUUGUCUAACUAUAAAUAAACACAUGUCCUCUGUUCAGAAAGGUGUUUUUCUUGUUCUUUGGUUACAUUCCACCUU